GGAGAUUUUCGAUGCGUGUGACCGUACAGAGUUGCCGUUACAACCUACAUGAACCCUUCGUGUCCCUGAAGCUUCACAACUUUCGACUCUUGAUGAUCAAAAUCAAACACUUGCUCUAGGGUUUCCUUACGAUGGGCACCAGUUAUUCCAGCAAGAAGUUCUCGGAAUUUCCUCAAUUUGUCUUUGACGAAUCAGAUGAACUUGCCGAGAUGAAAUCCAGAUGGAACCCUACAGGAUCAGGGAAAAAGAAAUUUCGUUCCGGUUAUUCCCCCGUCGACAAUUACACGUUUUUGCAAUCAUUUGCCCAAGGAAAGGAGCCUAAAGGAAAGAAAUUGAGGGAUGAAACUGUAAUUAUUCACGAAGAUGAUGAUGCAGUGAAAGAAAGGAUUGUUCGGUCAGAUACUGCUUUACAAUCCAGUUCUUCAGACUACAAUUCAAAGAAUUUUGCAGGAUCCAAGUCUUCUGAUUUCAUUACUCCUAAGCCCCUCAAAGCUCCCACCCAACGGUUUUGUUUGGCUGAUAAUGAGCCUGUUUCCCUCAUCUCAGAUGAGGACAGUGAUACUUCAUCAGAAAUGUCUUCUAAUGAUCUUGCAGACACCCAAGGUUCUUCAGGAGAACAGAGCCUUGUGCAAGAAAUUACUUCACAUGAGAUGGAACAGAGUGUUGUUCUUCACCCAAAAUACACUACAUAUGAAGGAAAUUGUUACUGGAGUGCAAAGUUGACUUUUCUUCCCAGUUCCAUUAAGCUCGAUGUUUCAGAGGAAGAAGCACCCAUGGGUCCUCUUACUUACGAAUGGAAGACAGUCGAUCUUAUUUGUAUUGAGUCAAAAUGGCUGGAUCCCUUCCCAACAGCUGAUGUCUGUCUUCAUUUCAAGUUGGAGCAUCCAAAACAACCCAUCAGUAAUCAAAAGUCAGGCAUUAUGAAGGUGAAUUUCACUGUCUGUGACCCUAAUUGGGAUUCUAUGCAAGAGCUUAUUAAGUCUCUGGAUGAUCAGUAUAAGGAAAAAUGGGAAGUUGAUCUUGACUCAUAUGAAUUGUUUGAAGACAUUACCUAUCGAGGGGAUUGUGAUUCUAUUUCUAUUUCCAAGAGAGAUUUUCAGCUGCUACAUCCGGAGAAGUUUAUCAAUGAUACCAUUGUUGACUUUUAUAUCGAAUACCUGAAGAAGAUCAAUCCUGCUGAUGAAAGAGUCCAUUUCUUCAAUAGCUUUUUCUUCAGAAAGCUGGCAGAUUUUGAUGAAAAUCAAUUACAAAUGUUUGAUGCCAAGGAAUCUUUUCAACGAGUUCGGAAAUGGACAAAGAAAGUGGAUAUUUUUCAAAAGGAUUACAUUUUUAUUCCUGUAAACUUCAGGUUGCAUUGGAGUCUGAUUAUUAUUUGUCAUCCUGGGGAAGUAGUGAAUUUUGAAGAUGAGGAACUAGAGGUUUCACUGAAAGUACCAUGCAUUUUGCACAUGGACUCUAUUAAAGGAAGCCAUAGAGGCAUCGAAAAUUGUAUUAAAUGCUAUCUCUGGGAGGAGUGGAAACAGAGGAGUAGCAACAGAGCAGAAGAUAUCUCAACAAAAUUCAAGAGUCUUCGGUUUCUUCGUCUUGAGGUACCCCAGCAACAAAACUCAUAUGAUUGUGGGUUGUUCAUGCUUCAUUACAUGGAACUUUUUAUGAAACAGGCUCCCAGUAGCUUUAACCCAUUGAGCAACUUUAUAAGUAAAGAUUGGUUCUAUCCAACAGAAGCUUCUUUAAAACGUGGCCGAAUAAAAAGAUUGAUCAUAGAACUUGCAAAAAGUAAAUCUGAACAAGCUUUAUCACCCAACUGCAACCAUGAGUUGUCUCCUGAAGACAAAGAUGUAAAUGAGGAGGAAGAAUCUGAAGAUUUAGAGAUUCUGAAUGAGACAUGCCAUGGAAGAAGUAGUACACCAUUAAUGAAUCAUGGAAAGUUGGUUCUCUAUGAUCCUUCCAUUGCUGGUGCUGUCUUAUCACCAACAAAGGAAAGCAAUGCAAAAGAAGAAGUUAAGCAGCAAGUAGGUGGAAAGAAAGAGUCAGAGUCAGAGUCAGAGUCGUUGUUUAUGACUUGUCUUGAUAAAUCCUUGAAUUUAUUACAACUUAAGGAAAGAAAUCAGCCAGAAGAAGAAGAUGUAGAUGUAUUUGUUGUUGAAAAGAAAGAAGAUGAAAGUGAUGAUGAUGUGUUUGAAACAUGUGUAGUGGAGGACUCUGAUUCAGACGAUGUGGGGGGUCAUCUUUCUUGUUACAGACGAAAGUUUGCUUCUUCUUCUUCUUCUUCUGUAAAAUGUGAAGAAGGGAGUAGUAGUUUGCAGCAGCAGGCUCCUAAAAGAAGACAUAAUGCGGUUUCUCAAGCACAAAAAAGGCUUAGGAGAAACCCUUCAACUGAUUUGCAGAUCAUAUCUCUUUGUGAAUAAUAAUCAAAUAAUAAAUAAUAAAAUCAUCAAUCAUGUUCAAAGGUAUGUUCCAACUUUUCAUAUGUAUAUAUAGUUAUGUGGAUAGUGGUAAAUAUUAUAUUUGCUAUAUAGUUUUUUGCAAAUAUUUGUUUGAAGAGAGAUUGAAGAUUUUUAAUUUUUUGAAAAAAAAAGCGAGGAUUGAUGUUAUUGGUGUGACUCUGCUGAUGUGAACCGUGUUCUUAGUAAAAACAAUGGUGCUAUUUGGUCUGUUGUGGUCAUUAGUUAAAAUAGUUUUUAUUUUUUAUCUUUCUAAACGAUCAUUUAACAAGAAAAUAAUAAUAUAAGAGUAUUUUACUUUAUAA